GCUGCAGCUCAGGUCUGUAAUAUGUCACAAAGUCAACCUAUAGCGGGAGCCGUCCAAUUCAAACGGACGGGGCCGUCUCCAACCACAAGAGACCGCUGAACGGGCACCAGCUGGGUCAGGUUCCACGCUAGGUAGGGUCGCGGGCCCAAAAUUCUAGCGCGACAACUCCGACUCCAGCACAUCUUAAAUCUGACCUCAUCCGACCAACUCGUCCCUAAAUUUCCUUUAAUCAACCACAUCUCCCGCUGCCCACGAUGUCGUCUCACGAUACACCAACCAUCUACGCAGAACUCCUCACAAAUAUCCGCCAGCUCUCCGUCGCAGUCACCCUCCCCUCACCAGCAGGAGGCCAAACCAAAGCCCUCAUCGCUCCGGACGGCGCAACGCUGCACAUCCACCACGCAGGCACAGAAACCUCAUUCCCGCUGCCCGGAAGGGUCCUCGCUCAGGCAGGAGCUCCCACAGCCUUACCCUUACCCCCACGACCGCCUUCAGCCUCAUCAUCAUCAGCAGCAGCACCAGCCUCGCAAACGCUAUCAUGGCGUCUCCCGCUAGCAGACUCCCCAGCGGCGCGCAGCAGCACCAGCCCCGCAGAUGACCCCGUCCCCUGGACGGCGCGGGACCUCCUUCCCGGCUCGGUCGUCGCGUGCAGACGCUGCGCCGCGGUCGUCGUGCCCGGCGGUAAAACGAGGGAGUGGAAGGACUUACCGAGUGAGAACUGGGCGGAGAUGAUGGACUUUUGGCACUGUCAUAAGCCUAGCACGAAUCAUGAGGAUGAGCAUGAGCACGGCGCGAAUGGGGAGGGCAAGGGGCACGGCAAGGAGGACCAUGAGCAUCUGACUAGGCGCGGGUACGGAGCCAACUCGUCCAUUGCCGCGCAGCCUGGCGUCGGCAUGGUGGACUUGACGUCGUUUCUGUUUUGCGAGGCUGAUUGUGUUGGUCUCAAGUUUUCUCUCCCAUCAUCAGAUGCCGUACCCCAAGCAUCCUCCAGCUCAGAAGUCCUAGCUGGAGGAGGAGUAGGAGACUCUGACUCUGCUUCUGAUCCCACACCACCCCCGCGAAUGCUCAACAUCGCCUGCUUCGCCUGCGCCUCCCACCUCGGCUUCUUCAACGUAGCCAUCUCCUCCGUCGUCCUACUAAAAUGGCAAGUGUCAUGCCAGACGAUCACAUCACGCCCCACGGCCGUAGCCGAGGCGGCAGCACUGCCCUCCAGCACAGACUGCCUAGCCGCGACCCUCAUCGCGACCCUCUCCCGCUCAGGCUCCUCCAAAUCAGUCGUCGUCCCCGCCUUCCAAUCCACCCAGAACCUAGUUUCUUCUUCCAGCGAUGGCGGCGAGGCUGUACCGCCUGCCCUGCACCUCUGGAUCCUCAACAGUAACAUCACCUACGCAUCAUCUUCCUUCUCUUCUUCCUCCCCUUCCUCCCCUGCCGCCUCUUACCAACGCAACAAACGCGCAGCCAUCAAACUGCUAUACAAAGAAAUCUCCCAAGACGAAGCAGACGACAUGCUCGAGUCCAUGACGUCCGACGUGCAAGAGGUCAACCUCCCUCUCCCGGCCAUCGUCGCCGCGGCAGAGGGGUUGAAGCGGAGUAGUGAGCUUUUACCGCCAGUUGAGCGGGGGUUUAAAGGGUGGCAUGUCGGGUUGAUGGACAAAUGGGAGCUAGCAAGCUAGUCAGCCAUUCAGCCUCGGCUGGGACGGUGGUAAGCUCGUUGAUGAUGUUGAAUCGGGGGGGGGGGGAGCGGAGCCGAGAGCAGAGGU